AUGUUUAGGAUACGUGGACGUUCUCCAACACCGCCGCACCAACCUACCGCAGGUCGGCAAACUCCGGAAGCGGUCGGCUGCCGGGUGUUAGUACACUGGUUUGCUGGAUUUGUACGUGGUCAUGGUGGGAGCAGUUUGCAUACCUAAGUAACCCUUUUUAACUGUACAUUUAGGUUAUUAGGUAGUGCGGGCGGAAGCCUCCGGAGAACUGCGCCCUGUCAGAUGCCCCGAUCACCGUCCGUUGGCAGUGAGUAAGUGCACCACCGGUCGAAAAUCAUGCUGUUACGUGUCUGCAUCAAAUCCCUUUUGUAGGAAUAUGUUAAUGCGAUCAUCAGCUUAAAAGUGCAGAACCGAUCAAAAAUCUUACUGCCCCUGGACUGCGUCAAACCCAACCUAUGGAGAUCUUUAAGUACAUGCGGCUGUCGGGGACUCCAUUUAAGAAAAGGGAAAGGGAUUUAGAUUCGUCUGACGUACGAACCAACGGAAGCGGAGCUCAGAGCAGGCCGUUAGAGGAGGGGGCUCUGUGUACCCAUUGUUGGUACGCUGGGAACGAGGAGGCUUGAUGAGGAGAGGCGUAAUCUGCAGUUAGGUAAAUCCCUGCAGGGUAGCUUGUCGGUAGACAGCGGAGGAGGAGGACAAUGUAACGGAAAGGCCACUGAUUGGUAUACAUAAAUCCUAUGUAGGUUAAGUGCCCCAUGUUUCCCAACCAAGAAUGCAUUGCCUGACGGAUACAAACAGUAUGCGCAAAUGCAGGGAAAGUCAGGUUAUGGCAUGAAGGUCUACUAUUUGUAAGCUACUCCUAAUUCACCCGAAACCUCAUUGUUAGGUAAACCAUGAAUUACUCUGGGCAAACGUAAAGGAAAAUAGGGCGGAGGGAUAUGCAUAAGUUGACGCCAGCAGUAGUAUAAACUCCUACUGUUUUAUGCCUAGAUCGUCACCGACCUCGGGCGGACGUAGGCGCGGUCCUCAGCCGGUUAUGCAGACAGCCGAAGAUGAAAUUCAAGCAGUCCUUCAGUCAGCCGGGCUCGUUCAGUACCUGCAGCGGUGGAGGUUGCUGGCCAUUACAUUGACAUGCCGAUGUCGGCGUACUGUACAGAUGCAAGUGCUACGGCAGCAUACCGAUGGGUAUGCCUUCCGCUGUGGACACUGUCGACGAAAGCGGUGUCUGCGCACGGGGUCAAUGUUCGUCCGUAGCAAACUCAGUCUGCAGACACUGCUACGUAUCUGCUGUAAAUUCGUCGAAGGUGUGCGGGCCAAGCGGUGUGCUGUAAGUGUAGGCGUCAGUAGAAAUACUGCCAUGGAAUGGUACAGCAUUUGCCGCGGGGCGUGCUCACACGCACUUCUAACCGCUGUAACCCAAAUUGGGGGACCGGGCGUGGAAGUACAGAUAGACGAGACCCUAAUAAGUCACCGCAAAUACCACAGGGGACGACCGCGGCGUCAGUUAUGGGUCGUCGGCAUGUAUGAUACAAGCAGGCGGAAAGCCCUGUUUGAGCAGGUGAACAACCGCAGUUGGCUAGCCCUACGACCCGUCAUAGUGAAGUGGGUGGCUGCGGGUAGUGUUAUCGUAACCGAUGAGUUGAAGGGUUAUGUCCGCCUACCGUCGGAAGAUGACGCACACUACACUGUCAACCACAGUAGGGGGUUCGUGAACCCCACAACUGGUCGGCAUACGAACGCCGUGGAGGCCUACUGGAGCAGAUUAAAGAGGAAGCUACAGGAGUCUGGUCCUGUCUGUGGCAGAUCAGUGUGGGCCCAUCUCGAUGAGGUUCAGUACCGCCUCUGGUUCGACCUACGGACCGAUAAUAUGGCAGCUUCCUGGGAAACUUUCCAGCGACAUUGGUCAGAAGCCUAUCCAUUAACGGAGAGCCAACCAACGUAAUGUGGAUAAGCCAACCAACGGAGGCGCAGUCGGAAGACGUGAAGGUAAGUCUCUGUGCUUCCUCCGUUUACUUUCCAGACCUACCCACAGUGA